GCUCACAUUUCAAUUCGCAGCCAUCAAGAUGCACUCCUACACCAAGAUUUACCACCCCUAUUUCCACGCGCUCUCGAGCUUCCCGGACCCCGAGGGCUCGGAGGCCGUCUUCCUCGACAUGAUCAAGGAGAACCCGAUCAUGCCGGCGACGGAGCGCUGGUGCAUCCAGACCCAGAUCGCUCGCACGUACCUCCAGCGCGCCAAGUACCCCGAAGGCCUCGCGGUUCUUGAUGCCAUCGAAGCCGAAGUCGCCGCCGACGACCUCAAGCACAAGGACGAGCCGACCAACCCGCUCAAGGUCGAGGUGCGCGUCCGCUGCCUCGCCGAGCGCGCGCGCAUUCUGCGCGACAUGAAGGAGAAGGCCAAGGCCCUGCCGCUGCUCGCCACCGCGUGGACGCUCGUCGAGUCCGUGCCGGCGUUCCCGGACGAGGACCUCGCGCUGGACGUGCUGCACCUGCUCGCGAUGCUCCAGAACGACCACAACGACAAGAUCUCGUGGAACAAGCGCGCGUUUGCGAUGGCGACCAAGUCGACGCACCCGGACGCGACGCGCUGGGUCGCGGUCCUCGGCGACAACCUCGGCUGGAGCUACCUCGAGACCAACCACGCCGACGACGCCGUCACGCACUUUGAGGCCGCGCUCGCCGCGCGCAAGGCCAUUGGCGACGCCGAGUGCAUUCGCCUCGCCAAGUGGAUGGUGGCCCGCGGUCUGCGCGCGGCCAAGAAGAACCAAGACGCCAUCAAGGUCCUCGCCGAGCUCGAGACCGAGUACGCGUCAAUCGACGACUGCGACGGCUACGUCUGCGAAGAGAUGGCCGAGAACCUCCACGAGCUCGGCCAGGACGAGGCCGCCAAGCCGUACUUUAAGAAGGCGUGGACCGCGCUCCAGAACGACUCGCUCAUGUGCGAGCACCACCCCGAGCACCGUCUCGAGCGUCUCCACGAGCUCGGCAACUAGAGUAGUUUGUAUCGUAUCUAUCAAUCUAAUUUUUU